GAGAGAGGGGCGGGACCCGGAGCUCGGCGAAACGAGCAAACCCCCGCGGAAGACGACGACGGCGGCGGCUGCUCCUCCCCGGUACACACCGAGGAGCGACCGCAAUCAAAAGAAAGGUUUCAAUUAAAAAGCGGCUGCAGCGGUCGCAGUGACAUGGACAGCAGGAGAAGCACUCCCACACCCCGCGGAGCCGACACAGGAGCCUCGCCCGGAGUGCCGAGCUGAAAAAUGACUCAGAGAAAUGGAACCGGGGGGACGAGCGAUCGCCUCCUGCGCCCGGAGGCCAACGGCACGGAGCGCGACGAGAAGGUUCAAGAGGAAGCCCGCGACCGUGACCCCGAGGCAGGGGGGCAGGGGGGAGGACGCGGGGACCCGGCGGCCGCGAGGGCGCCGGUCCCAGCUCCGGACGGUGGUUGGGGCUGGGUGGUGCUGGUCGCCACCAUCAUGGUCCUGGCGCUGACCCUGGCCUUCCCCUCCUGCGUGGGGAUCUUCUACACCGACCUGCAGGAUGACUUCCACGCCUCCAACAGCCAAACCUCCUGGGUGCCGUCCAUCAUGACGUCGGUGCUUCACGCAGGAGGUCCCUUUUGCAGCGUGCUGGUGGAGCGACUGGGCUGCCGGGCCACGGUCAUGCUGGGCGGAGUCCUGAGCGGGCUGGGAAUGGCCGCCAGCUCAUUCACCCAGUCCAUCGGCCAGCUGUACGUCACGGCCGGGGUUAUCACAGGACUUGGUUUCUGCUUCAGCUUCCAACCGGCCGUGACGAUCCUGGGACACUACUUUGUGCGGCGGCGCGCGUUCGCCAACGCCAUGUCGUCCACGGGCACGGCCCUGGGACUGUGCACUCUGCCCGUCCUGGGUAACUACCUCCACACGGAGCUGGGCUGGCGGGGAAGCUUCCUGGUGCUGGGGGGCCUCCUGCUCAACUGCUGCGUGUGCGGAGCGGUGAUGAGGCCCCUCCAGCCCCCCAAGCACCGCGGACAGCCCCUGAUGAACCACGGACCCCCUCCGCCGGAGGAGGAGAGCGCGAGGAAGAAGAAGAAAGGGUGGGUGAAGACGAUAUGGAGAUAUCUGGUGGCUUCCCUGAGCAAACACAUGGCCUUCGAUCAGUUCUGCAACAACCCACGUUACUGCUGUUAUUCCAUCGGCAUCACCUGGAUGAUGCUGGGCUUCGUGGUGCCCUUGAUCUAUCUGGUUCCCUACGCCACGGCAAACAACAUGGAGCAGGGCCGCGCCGCGCUGCUGCUGUCCAUCCUGGGCGUGGUCAACAUCGUGGUGCGGCCGCCCUUCGGCAUCAUCGUCAACAUGCCGUGGUUCAAAGGGCGACACAUCUACGUGUUUGCCGCGGCGCUGCUGGUCAACGGGCUCAGUAACAGCAUCUGCUGCAUCGGGCCGAGCUUCCCCGUGCUGCUGGCCUACGUGGUGGUUUACGGGCUGUCCAUGAGCGUGGUGGGCUCCCUGAUGUUCACCGUCCUCAUGGAUAUCGUGGAGAUGAGCCGCUUCCCCUCGGCCCUGGGCCUGCUCGCCAUCAUGGAGAGCAUCACGCUGCUCAUCGGGCCGCCACUGGCAGGGAUCCUGGUCGACCACACCGGCCAGUACUACCACGUCUUCUUCGUCUGCAGUGCCGUCGUCGCCUCGGCCGCCGUGUUCCUGAUUGUGUCGUUCUACUGUCUGGAUAAGAAGGCGAGGCGGGGGGCGCCGCAGGGUCCGCCCUCGCCACUGCCGCCGCCGCCCGACCCGGCGAGACCUGGCGUCGACGUGGCUCCUGGCUGUCAGUACAGCAGCGUGCCCACAGAGGGAGACAGAGACAAGGCCUCGGCUAACGGGGCAGAGCACAUCACCAGCUGCUGAUCCCGCUCGCACUGCGCGUCGCCCCGUAAACAGACCGGACAGGUUGUGAGAUCUGGUUCCUCAUGUGUGCAGCAGAUGGUGCAGAGUUGACUGUUCUGUUUACUGACACUCUCUGAAUUGUCCCAGCGUGAUGAGGCUCUGCCAUCUGCUUUGCCAUAAAAGUUUUUUCUCUUUUUUUUGUUGAAAACUUUGACACCGUUUGACCCGAGGUCGGACGCGUGUUCCCACAAACCAAAAUGAACAGAUGUGCACUUACAACUGCAAUGUGAUUGUUACUGUUGAUUGUAAAAAAAAAAAUGCUGCUGAUCACAGAAUCUUAUCGUACACAGGAGCUUUCUCACUUUGUCAAGCCAAGUUACAGCCAUGAUCCUGAAGGAAUCACGUGAAGUCAUUUCCAGAUGUUUUCGCUGGAGUUCACAGACCGUCUGAGCCUGAGUAGAUAAACUUCUAUUGAAUGCUGACGACAAGCAAACUGAGCAGUCGUUCAUUAGAGAGUUGACUAUCAAGGAAAAGGGCUGGUUUUAUUAUUUUGUACUUUUCGUCUUGUCAAAAAAAAUCCCUUAAACAGCUCAUUAGUCAUGAUGGUUGAAUGAACCCAACAGGGGCUCGGUCGCAAAACCACACCUCUCCUUUAUGACUUCCAUAGUUUCAGAACAGAGAGACACACGAUGCUUAUCAGGAGGAUCCAGUCUGUGUUACCUCCGUGUCUGUCUGUUGUGGAGAUCCAGGUCUUUCCUUAUUACAAAUUUGACAAAUCAAUAAUUUUCUUUUACAGUAUAUUUCUACUGUAAGAACUAGACAAUCACGUGUAGUAAAAUUUAAAUGGAUCCAUUGACGAUGAAAAAUACAGGAUAUAAAAUAACACCAGCCUUAUUUGAUCGUCAGUAGCUAAAGGACUGUUAUAGUCGGCCUUUACCAGGAUAUAAAAACGGAUAGUAUGUUCCUUUUUUUUCUUACAUUAUUGAAGUAUUAUUUCUUCGCCACAGUGGAGACAUUAAAACACAGCAUGCGGAGAAUAUUACACUCAUGUGAAAGAGUUAUUGUUGCUUAAGAUCCUUGAAGGUUCAUAGGAAAAAGAGGUCGAAUCUGUUGGUCGUUCACUGUCACAUGAGGAAAAUGAUGUUGCAGCCAGUGAAUUAAUCAUGAAUCUCCUUUCGCAUACUUUUCAUUCCUUUAAUGGAACAGUGCCUUUUUAUAUAACCAGAGUAUUUAUAAAGAUAAUCCACAGCCACGAGAUCAUAUAGGACCCUUCCAGGAACAGAGGCAGAUGAUUUCGUAAUGUACGUCUGCUUGAUUAAGUACAUUUCAUAAAAGAGAAAUAUCUGGAAUGCACUGCUGAGUCGGCAUCCACAAACGGACACUGUAACUGACUGUUUACCUUCUGUUCCGAUCAGGAAGAUUUAUUAUCUUUUUUUAAUAAUUCAACCUCUGGAUUAUCACAGCGCCUGCAGACGUUUGAACAAAGCUGUUUUAUGUGUCACGUCAUGUGCGCAGAAAUGUAAUAUACACUUCAGGUAUAAGCUGUAUUGCAGUAAAACAACAGUGUAACCAGAGGCUUCUCUACAACAGGAAGAUUUAUUAGUACAUUUUCAGAGCUUUUCUUGCGUUGGGCCAAAUUAUACCUUUUAUUUUAAAUUCUUUAUUUAUAUAUAUUGAUCAGGGGGUAAAUAAAUGUUUGAAUAUCCA